AUGUUGGGAGACAGAAUUCCAGAGUCCCCAGAAGAUGANCAGAGUGCUAAGGAUUCUGAUGGCAAGACUGCCUUUGCUGAAAAAAUCCUUGAGUUCAGGAUGAGGCCUCGCCACAGUGACACAGAGUCUGAGCUUCUAAAGGCUUUUGAUGAUGAAAUCAAUGCAUUUUUGGACAAUAUGUUUGGACCUCGAGAUUCUCGAGUCAGAGGAUGGUUCAUGCUGGACUCUUACCUCCCUACCUUUUCUCUUACUGUCAUGUAUCUGCUUUCAAUAUGGCUGGGUAACAAGUACAUGAAGAACAGACCUGCUCUCUCCCUCAGGAGUAUCCUCACCUUGUAUAACCUCGGGAUCACACUUCUCUCCAUGUACAUGCUGGUGGAGCUCAUUCUGUCCAGUUGGGAAGGAGGCUACAACCUGCAGUGUCAGGACCUUGCCAGUGCCGGGGAGGCCGAUGUCCGGGUAGCCAAGGUGUUGUGGUGGUACUACUUCUCCAAAUUAAUAGAGUUCCUGGACACGAUUUUCUUUGUUUUGCGGAAAAAAACCAGCCAGAUUACUUUCCUUCACGUAUAUCAUCAUGCCUCUAUGUUUAACAUCUGGUGGUGUGUUUUGAACUGGAUACCUUGUGGGCAAAGUUUCUUUGGACCCACUCUGAACAGUUUCAUCCACAUUCUGAUGUACUCCUACUAUGGACUGUCUGUGUUUCCAUCGAUGCACAAGUACCUUUGGUGGAAGAAAUACCUCACGCAGGCCCAGCUGGUGCAGUUCGUGCUCACCAUCACCCACACCAUGAGCGCUGUGGUGAAGCCGUGCGGCUUCCCCUUCGGGUGCCUCAUCUUCCAGUCCUCCUACAUGCUCACAUUAGUCAUCCUCUUCCUAAAUUUCUAUUUCCAGACAUAUCGAAAAAAGCCAAUGAAGAAAGAGCCGGAGGAGGCGGCGGCGGGGAAGGAGGUGAAGAACGGCUUCUCCAAGGCCUACUGCGCCGCGGCCAACGGAGUGGCGGACAAGAAGGCGCAGUAGCCGCGGCAGGGCGGCCCGACGGCACCGCCCGGCUCCGAGGGCAAGGACUGCAUUGAAAGUUACACGUGCUUUAGCAUAAACUAAUUUCUUUUGCGUUUAUAAAUCAUUUGUACCCAGAAUGUAUUAAUACCUUGCUAUUAGGUUACUCUGUUAACUGAGUGCUUCUGUCAGCAUCGAGGUGCAGCCGAGCUCUGUAGCCCCCAGAACUGGUGCAAUUCUCUCUCCUCCCGCAGACGUGCCCUCGCCAGAAACUCUUCACGAUGC